AUGAGUUCCGGUCCCCUGUAUCUCGGGUUCGACCUCUCAACCCAACAGCUCAAAGCCAUUGUCGUCCAGUCCGACCUCACUGUCGUCUCUGAGGCCAAGGUCGACUUCGACGCCGACUUCGGAAAGCAGUAUGGCCUGCGCAAGGGCAUCCUGACCAACGACGCUGAGGGCGAGGUCUACGCCCCCGUCGCCAUGUUCCUCGAGGCCAUCGACCUCGUCCUCUCACGCCUCAAGGAAAAGACCCCCAUGCACCGCAUCAAGGGCAUCAGCGGCUCCUGUCAGCAGCACGGAAGCACCUACUGGAGCCGCGACGCAGAGAAGCUCCUCGGCGGCCUCGUCGCCGACAAGUCCCUCGUCGACCAGCUCAAGGACGCCUUCUCUCACCCCUACGCGCCCAAUUGGCAGGACCACAGCACGCAGGCCCAGUGCGACAAGUUCGACGCUCAGUUCGAGACGGCGCAGAGACUCUCCGAGGUCACAGGCAGCGCCGCCCACCAUCGCUUCACGGGGACCCAGAUCAUGCGCCUCCGCCAGAAGCUCCCCGAAAUGUACGCCGCCACAUCCCGCGUCUCCCUCGUCUCCUCCUUCCUCGCCUCCGUCCUCCUCGGCACCGUCGCCCCCAUCGACAUCUCCGACGUCUGCGGCAUGAACCUCUGGGACAUCCCCGCCGGCGCCUGGAGCGAGCCCCUGCUCGAGCUCACCGCCGGCGGCAAGGACGGCGUCGCCGACCUGCGCUCCAAGCUCGGCGAGCCCCGCCACGACGGCGGCGGCUCCAUGGGCUCCAUCGCCGACUACUUCGUCAGCCGCUACGGCUUCAGCAAGGACUGCCAGGUCGCCCCCUUCACCGGCGACAACCCGGCCACCAUCCUCGCCCUGCCCCUCAGGCCCAUGGACGCCAUCGUCUCCCUCGGCACCUCCUCCACCUUCCUCAUGGUCACACCCGUCUACAAGCCCGACGCCGCCUACCACUUCUUCAGCCACCCCUGCACCCCCGGACAGUACAUGUUCAUGCUGUGCUACAAGAACGGCGGCCUCGCCCGCGAGCGCGUCCGCGACGCCCUCCCCAAGCCCUCCGGCGGCGGCGGCGGCGGCGACCCCUGGGCGACCUUCAACAAGCACGUCCUCGAGACCCCGCCCCUCGACGUCUGCUCCGCCUCGGACAAGGCCAAGCUCGGCCUCUACUUCGACCUCCCCGAGAUCGUGCCCAACAUCAAGGCCGGCACGUGGCGGUACACGGCCUCCCAGGACGGCUCGGGCCUGACCGAGGCCCCGGAGCCGUGGAGCAAGGAGACGGACCCGCGCAUCAUCGUCGAGAGCCAGGCCCUCUCGAUGCGCCUGCGCAGCCAGAACCUCGUGCACAGCCCCAAGGACGGGCUCCCCGCGCAGCCGCGCCGCAUCUACCUCGUCGGCGGCGGGUCGCUGAACCCGGCCAUCGCGCGCGUCAUGGGCGACGUGCUGGGCGGGUGCGACGGGGUGUACAAGCUCGACGUGGGCGGCAACGCCUGCGCGCUCGGCGGCGCGUACAAGGCCGUCUGGGCGCUGGAGAGGGGCGAGGGCGAGAGCUUUGACGAGCUGAUCGGGAAGAGGUGGAAGGAGGAGGGGGCGAUCCAGAAGGUUGAUGAUGGGUUCAAGGACGGGGUGUUCCAGCAGUACGGGCCGAUCGUGGGGGCGUUUGAGGAGAUGGAGAAGAAGAUCCUUGAGGUUGCGCAUAACUGA